AUGUGUUUGGGACUGCGCAGCUCGCUUUACUUUUGUUACUACCCCUCUUUUCUCUCCUAUUCUCCUAUCGACAUACCCUCUCCUAUUGAUAUACCUAUAACCAUAGGCCACAACCUUACUAAACGUUCUGCUAUAGUGACUAGCAAAGUAAUUGGCCUUUCUACUACUCAGCUUUCGGAGCUACUUAGUAUAUCAAAGUGUAUAAUUGACCGUAUAUAUAAAAUAGCUCUUACAAAAGGCUUUGAUCCGUAG